AUGUCUCUGGUUCAUAUUAUUGAUGUGGAAAGUGGUAACCUACAGUCGUUGACAAAUGCGAUCGAAUACCUCGGUUAUGAAGUUAAAUUGGUUAGUUCAGCAGAAGAUCUAGACAUCGAAAAGGUUUCAAGACUAAUUCUACCUGGUGUGGGUAAUUUUGGUCAUUUUGUUGAUAACUUGUACUCUCGUGGUUUUGAAAAGCCCAUCAGAGAGUACAUCGACUCGGGAAAGCCAAUCAUGGGUAUAUGUGUUGGUAUUCAAACUCUAUUUUCCAGUUCAGAAGAGAGCCUUUCUAGUUCUGGUUUGGGAUUGAUUCAAGGUAACUUAUCCAAAUUCAAUGAUAGUACUAAACCCGUGCCUGAGAUUGGCUGGAACAGCUGUAUGCCAAGUGGUGAUUUGUUCUUUGGUAUUGACCCUUACAAAAGAUACUAUUUCGUCCAUUCCUAUGCAGCUAUUCUAGAUGAGCAUUUGGAGGGAAAGAUUCGCAGUGAUGGUUGGAAGAUUGCCAAGGCAAAGUACGGAGACGAAGAGUUCGUUGCGGCGCUAUACAGAGAUAAUGUCUUCGCUACUCAAUUCCACCCUGAAAAGUCAAGUGCAGCAGGCCUACAAGUUCUUCGCAACUUCUUGAAACAGGAGCAUCCAGUGACAAGCUAUACUAGCGAAGAGAAGAAAUUACUGGCUAACGAUUACUCCAAUUUUGGUUUGACCAGAAGAAUUGUCGCAUGUCUUGAUGUGCGUACCAAUGACCAGGGAGAUCUUGUUGUUACCAAGGGAGAUCAAUACGAUGUCCGUGAGAAAAGUGAAGGGAAUGAUGUUAGAAACUUGGGUAAGCCAGUCGAGAUGGCACAAAAGUACUACACACAAGGCGCUGAUGAAGUGACGUUUUUGAACAUUACAUCCUUCAGAGAUUGUCCUUUGAAGGACACGCCUAUGCUUGAAGUCCUGAAACGUGCUGCAAAGACCAUUUUCGUCCCAUUGACUGUCGGUGGUGGCAUUAAGGACAUCGUUGACGUGGAUGGAACUAAGAAACCAGCCCAAGAAGUGGCAAGUUUGUAUUUCCAAGCUGGUGCAGACAAGGUGUCAAUCGGAACAGAUGCAGUCUUCGCCGCAGAGAAAUUCUAUUCUCUAGGCGGCCGUGGUGAUGGUACUUCUCCAAUUGAAACUAUUUCUAAGGCUUAUGGUGCACAAGCAGUGGUGAUUUCAGUUGAUCCAAAGAAGGUUUAUGUGGAUAGUCCUGGUAGCACAAAAAACAAGACCUUCAAAUCAAAAAUCGCCAAUGAAAAGGGACAAGAAUGGUGUUGGUAUCAGUGUACCAUCAAGGGAGGUAGAGAAACAAGAGAUGUUGGUGUAUGGGAGCUGACUAGGGCAUGUGAAGCCUUGGGAGCGGGUGAAAUUCUGUUGAAUUGUAUCGAUAAAGAUGGUUCAAACUCUGGUUACGAUUUGGAACUGAUCGAGCACGUAAAAGACGCCGUUACGAUCCCUGUCAUUGCAUCCAGUGGUGCAGGUAAUCCAGAGCAUUUCGAAGAAGCUUUCACAGAGACUCGUGCUGACGCUUGUUUGGGAGCUGGUAUGUUCCACAGAGGAGAAUACACAGUUGGUGACGUGAAGAAAUAUUUGUUGCAAAAAGGUCUCAAAGUAAGAGUAGAUUCUUUUGAUUGA